AUGACAUGUGUGGAAAACUUUCGAGACAGUAAUCUCAUUGCUAUUGCCAAUGAAUGUAAAAAUCUCGAGAAGUUGAAUAUAAGUCAUUGCACAUCUAUUACUGAAGAAGGUCUUGAUGCCAUAACCAGAAUAAAAUCAUUACGAAGAUUAAACGUUAGCGAUCUCAAAUGUGUUACAGACAGUUUUCUCGAAAAAUUAAAAGGAUUAUACUUUUUAGAGCGUGACAGAUGUACAAAAAUAACUGAUGUUGGCUUUAAUCAAUUUAUAAAAAACUGUCCAGAUCUUAAACGUCUUUUCACUGCUACUGAAGAUGAAAAAAGUAAUUUUAUUUGCUCGCCAAUCAGUGCCUCAAUUGCACUCGCAAUGACAGUUUUUGGUGCAAGAAAUGAUACCGCAAAACAAAUACGUUCAGUACUGCACUUGAGUGAAGAUGAUGAAGUGAAUAAAUUGGGUUAUCAACAUCUCAUUGACACGUUUAAUGCAACUAAAAAUGUUCAACUUGAUAUUGCCAAUAAAUUGUUUCUAGCUGACGACAUGCAAGUACAUUGUCCAUUUGUUUCUAUAACAAAAGAUUUCUUCAGAUCAGAAUUACAGCUGGUUGAUUUUGGUCAAUGUGAAAAUGCUCGAAAAAUAAUUAACAAUUGGUGUGAAGUUAAAACUAAUAAUCGAAUAAAAGACAUUCUACAACCUGAUGACAUUGAUCCAUCGACAAGACUGGUAAUUGUCAAUGCGAUUUACUUCAGAGGAAGCUGGGAUAGUCAGUUUAAUGCCGGAGCAACAAAACUAGAACCAUUUAAUAUUGAUCAGAAAACGCAAAAGAACGUAUUAAUGAUGGAACAAAAAGCUACAUAUCAUUAUGGUUAUCUUAAAAAACUUGAUGCCAUGUACGUGGAACUCCCAUACGAGCAGUUGCGUGGCUAUACCUGCAACAUUAUUUUAAAAUUACCAAAAUUUAAAAUUGAAAGCAGAAUGUUACUUGAUGAUACACUGAAAAAGAUAGGUAUGGUUGAUAUGUUUGAUCCCAAUAAAGCUGACUUUUCUGGUAUAUCAAAUGAACCUCUUUUCGUUGGUAAAGUAAUUCAAAAAGCUUUUAUUGAAGUAAAUGAAGAAGGAAGUGAAGCUGCAGCUGCUACAAUUGUAACGGGUCUUAUUGGAAGCAUGCUUCCUUCACUUUCUCGACCACGUGAAAUUAUCGUUAACCGACCAUUUUUCUGUGCAAUUGUUGCAACAAAAACAGGCACACAACUUUUCAAUGCUCGUGUUGUAGAUCCUUCUCAUGGUUCAUCUUAA